UACCUUCUUCUGGGGGAAAAUUUAAUCUCAAUGUAAAAAAUUGUGCUCACGUUGAGCAGCCAAGAAGAGGCAAAAGAUACACCAGUCUUGGAGAAUUUCUUGAUGCUGAAUUUUUUCUUUUCAAUGGAUUAAUGGACCGCCCUGCAGAUAAUAAUCCUGCGUAGAGAGUGGUUUAGAAAAAUAAUAGAGGAAAACUCGGUUUCUGUUUUUCUUCUUUGGAGUGAAUAAUAGUGACGAAAUUUGAAUUAAUGCAAGAGUGCAAGAAGUAUUAGAGGAAUUGUACACAUAUAAAAUAGUGUUUUAAAUUGUGUUUGUAUUGUAAAAAUCCUUGAAGUAGCCGCCGAAGAAGCGAGUGAUUGCAUAUUAUAAAGUGAAAAGCUCCAAAGUAAGUGGUGCGAGAGUAAUUUUCUGCACUGAUUUUCAUAUACUCUUGUGGUGUAGCAAUUUGAGUUGUUGCAUUUUUCGUAUCAAUUGUGUACUGUGUGGAAUUGUUAUGCAACAAUAUCUGCAUUGGUGACUUGGCAGCACCAUCUCUAAAGUGGAAAUACCUGAAGGAAUUCACGGUCUGUGCAGUGGGUAAAAAAAAUAACAAAGAAGUUCCUGAAAGUAAUCUGGCUAAUUCUUAACAGUGAGUGAAUAUCAGGGAGACAACUGAAAAUUCUUUGUGACGCGCGUAGAAUCAUGCAAUUCCUUGCAAUUGGAAGCAGAUUCAACGGGAGUCCGAGAGAAUAUUAAAACUUACAUCACGAGUGUGUUAAUGUGAAAGUUAAGUGUACGAAAGACUUGGCGCUUUUAGUAAUACACCAUCAAACCGAGCCGAUCUACUGGUGACAACACACUGCACUGGUCCUCAGCUGAAUCGCAUACAUUCGGAGUGUGCAGAGAGCAAUGGAGAGAUUGUGGCGAUGGCUGCUGAUGCUUACAAUUUUAGCGGCUUUUUUAGCCAUUCACACAGAUGCCGUAAAAGCGACUUCCCUCAUCUUCGGCAAAACAUCCACAACGAGUACAGAAAUUCCCCUAGACGAUGAUCCUAGCGCGAAUGGUGAUGAAGGAUCAUCUGGUGCAGAAAAGUCAGAACACAAUUCAACUAAGCCCACUCUAACAGGAAUUCCGCAAAUCGACUACAUUUGGGAUCCUAAUCUCCCCCGAGAAUUAAAUGGGUAUAAUCUCUCCAAUUACCCAUUUCUGAAUUCCGUUCCCGAUCUAGAGGACAUUGAAUUUAAGUGUGAUGGCCUUCAUGAUGGUUUCUAUGCGUCCGUGAAAUACGAUUGUCAGUUAUACCAUCAUUGCCUCUUUGGGAUUCGUUACGAUUUCCUAUGUGCCAACUUCACUGCUUUCGACCAGAAAACCUUUAUCUGCCACUUUGUUUCGGAGGUGGAUUGCAAAAACUCUCCUAAAUACUGGCAUAGGAAUGAUGCUCUGUAUGAAGCAGCUACAACGACUACGCAGAAACCACCUUCAACAACGACUACUACUACUACAACCACAGUGGCUCCUCUUUCACCAACACCUGCUGCACCAGUAAGGCCUCAUGUUCGCCCUGGUAGACCCUAUAGACGUCCUUAUCGUAGGCGGCGUCCACAGGUCGACUACUACUACGAAGACGAUGACUAUGAUGAUGAUUAUUAUGAGGAGAGAAUUAAUCGGCGUCGCAAGCAGAGACCUCGGCCUAGGAGACCAGAUUACGAUGACUAUGAGGAGGGUGAUCGGUAUGAUACCCGUCCAGCUUAUGCUCCCGAAAGAAGUCGAGGAAAGGUCGAAGACGACGAUUAUGAAUAUGACCGUCGAUUCGAGCGUCCUCGCUAUCGACCACGGUAUGAUGAAAAUCGCCGUCCCGCCUACGAUGAUCGUCGUGGGUACACUGACCGUCGCAAUCCCGACGAGGGCCGCUAUAGACCCCUUCAAGACCGUCGCUAUCCAGACGACGAACGCCGGCCAGCUCCAGAACGCCGAAAACCACUCCUUGACCGUCGUCCUGCUCUUAGUGAACCCGCUACGCAACAACGACGCGAAGAGGACAAUGAAAAAGUGAUCAAGAGACCAAUUCAAGAAGAGGCCGUUAAAACUGCUGAAGAAUCAGGCAAAAUACGUCCCAGCGGUAGUGGAGGAAGUAAUCCUUUACUUUUUGCCCCACGUACACCACCUAAAAUUCGACGUCCUGUGCCUAUAAAUGAACGGGAGAAGUAUGAAUACAGCACUACAACUAGCACAAAAGCACCAGAAAUUCAACCGCCAUCUGCUGCAGACGAAUACUAUGAUGAUGAGUAUGAAGAGGAGCCUUUAGUGGAAACUAUACCACCAGCUAAAGUUCAAAAGGAACAAACAACAGAAAAACGAUUACAACCAGCACAACCACAAAUUAAUGAAAGAGUAGAAAACCGACGACCAGCACCUGCAAAAGAGGAACAAUCAAUAGCUCAGCAACCGAGACGUCCACAAGAAUACGAAUACUAUGGAGAUGAAUAUGAUGAACGACCCAAAACCACCUUUAAAAAGCCGGGUGUUACUUUACGAACUUCCACGACGCCUCCUCCAACGCCACCGGUUAGUCAAACCGUGAAAAUCCCUGAAGUUGAGGAGGAAGAAGAAGAGGAUGUGAGGCCCAAACUAACAUCAGACAGAUUCAGUAGUCGUAUUCCCUCAGGUAGUUUUUCGUUUGGUACAGCGCGGUAUAGACCCAAGGAAGAAGCCCCUGAACAAAUUGAGACACCCUUCAGAUCCACACAGAGACCUCUGCAACAUACUGAACAGUUAGAGACGGAAGAACCGCAGUACCGUCAAGCAAACAAAGAGAAAUAUACGCAGGAAGACUUUGAAGAAACGUACGAUGAAAGAGUCAGGAAUCCUCCUCCUUCACAAAAUCAUAACCAAGAAGAUACCGUGGUCAGAGAAGUAACUCGACCAGUGGUACGAGUAGUAAAGAGACCCUUUUUGCCGAGUCGUGGUGGAAAUCCAGUGUUGCCACGGGGACUCCAACCAGUUGGUGUAAACUCCAGAGAAACUGCUACAGAAAGCAGUAUUCCUGUUGACCUAGGGUCUACAGUGUCUGGAGUGCGAAUGCUUGAGCAUAGUCCACCUGUGUUGAGGUAUCCUCACGAACACAAUCAGUCACCACCUAUCUCACACACUCCUCAGAAAUUUACAUACAGUGGUGGUCCACGAACUACACAGGCACCCCAGAUCGAUGUACCUAAGAGCACUCUUGAGGAGAUCUACAAUAGCGACUAUGACGUCACUUUAAAUGACGCACUGAAUCCAACACUCAAACCGAUUGCACCUAGUCGUGCUCCCAAUUUGGGAUAUUCUAUAUCAACUCCAGCAAAAUUAUUAGAGAGAAGCCGGUACAGCAUACCCUACACUGCCUCCGGUGAUGUGCACUAUUCCUCGUCGCAGCUGAGACCAGCCGUUCAGUUGCCAUCCGCCAUUCGGCGCCAGGCGCCGCUCUACUCUGACCAUCGGCCCCAUGUGCCUCUCUAUGAACUUGACUAUUAAAACUUUUAAAGCCCUCUACACACUUUUGGGAGAAAUUUACGUCAGAAUUUAGCAUUUUCAUGUAAAAUCGGUAUCGAAUCACUGACAAAUCGGAAGCGAUUUACUUAAAAAUGCCAAAUUUUGAUGUGUAUUUUUCACAAAAAAAGAGGCCAUAAAAGAGACACAUGGAUAUUAGAUCCAACUUAGCAUAAGGCUUGUACAUAAUUAAAGAAACACAAGUUAUACUCAAUAACACUCCAACGGUGAUAACUAUGUAACGAUAAAAAAUGAUUAAAAAAUUAUGGAUAUAUGUCAAAUUUCUAACAAA